AUGAGUCACCCGUCGCCGAUCGUCGACUGUUGUCAACAAGUGGCUAGCGCCGCCGUCGGUCGAUCGGUCGGUGGGCACUUCGUUGAACUCUGGAAGCAGUCAUACACUUUAUCACUCGUGCCACAUGAUCGACGUCUUCAACCAGCCGUAACCUAUACGACGCAUGAAAAAUAUCUCGGACAAGGGCACGGGUUCCAUGUUCUCGUGGUUGUGUUGCCUCGCUGUCAGGUGUUGGAGUUAGACCCGAAAGACCGAGAAACUGCCGAAUUCAUGUAA